AUGACCCAAUUCGAGCCGAACUUCGCCCGAACUUUUCUCCCCACAUUCGACGAACCCCACAUCAAAAUGGUUUUCGAGAUGACGUUCAUCACUCCUUCCAACCUCACCCUUCUUUUCAACACUCCACCUCGCUCUUCCUCUCCCAUUCUUCUCGAAUCCCGUUCCGGAACCCUCCUCUCUUACACACAAACCACCUUCGAACCCACUCCUCCCAUGUCCGCCUAUUUACUUGCCGCGGGAAUUGGACCCUUCCAAUCGAUCCACCAAAACACACGUUACGGAGUGAAACUCUCCAUCCACUUUCCGCUCUGUACGCCUUUCAUUCCUCACGCACUCUCAUCGAUAGGGGCGAAUCCCCGCGAUUUUGAAUACGCUCUGGGCGUUUCAGUGCACGCCUUGGAGUUUUUCCAAUCGAACAUCGGCGAACCGUAUCCCUUCUCGCACUUACAGGUGCUUUUGGCGCCCAAUUUCGCGGCGGCCGCCAUGGAAAACUUCGGGCUCAUUCUGAUUCGCAGCGAGUAUCUCGCGAUCCCCGCGGGGGAAUCGAACGACGACCUGAAACGGCGGAUUGGCUACGUGCUGAGCCACGAAAUCGCGCAUCAAUGGUUCGGGAAUUUGGUGACGGCGCGCGAUUGGAGCGAAGUUUAUCUGCAAGAAGGCUUCGCGACGCUCCUGGGCCACCGCUGCGUGGAUUCCCGCGAUUCUUCGCUUCAGUCCACGGCGACGUUCUUCGCUGCAGAUGUCGCGGAGCUGUAUGAAUACGACGUGGAAGCGAACGCCGUGGCGAUCAAGCCGGAGCUUCUCUCCGGUAAGGACGCCGUGAAUAGUUUUUCCGCGGUUUCCUACACGAAAAGCGCGCUGCUGCUCGGCGCCAUCGAGGACGAAAUGGUGGAAAUCGGAGGUCCCGACGCGUUUCGGAAGUUCGUCAACCAGUUCGUGUGGACGUUCCGUUACAACAACGUGGGGAGUGAGGAGUUCCAGCGACUGGCGGCCUCGUUUUGCGGGGAGUUUCGGAGAGAAGCGCGCGUGGAAAUGGAGAAACUGGUGGUUUCGUGGCUGCGGGGAGCGGGAAUCCCGCGAAUUGAAGCGAUUCGCACGUCGAAAAACAAAAUUGUGCUGAUGCAGAAGCGGUUUGUGCUUUCGCAGAGCGAAUUCGAAUCGAACCGAGAGACACAGAAGCACAAUUCUCACUUUUAUGUUCCCCUUUUUAUCGAUUUGUAUCACAAUUCCACACAAAUUGGGACGCUUCAAGUCAAUUUUGCCACAAAGACGAAAGAAAUUCUUUUACCGCCUCAUGUUUCCACGUUUCUACUUCGAACUUCGAAGAACAUUCCGGCCAUUCUGAAACAAAACUCCCCCGAAUUGUUGUUUUCCUCCAUUCCAUUCGAAACUCUUUCCAAUGACACACUCAUUCGAGAGUUGCGAAGUCGAUUUUAUCUUCUACGAAAUGGAGAAGAUUCGGUUUCCACGUUUCUCCAAUUCAUCACACGUCUGAUGGCGUUUUUCGACUCUUCUCAGCAAUACCCAGUAAUUAUCAUCACACAACUUCUUUCGAUUCUAAAAGAACUUCGGCUGACUCUUCGUGAAAAUCUUCCGCUUCUCCCGCGGUUCGACGAAUGGAUUCGGCGCCUCUUCUCGUCGUACCGCGACUCUCUGCUGCAAAACAAUUGGAACGCCAUGGAUUCGUUGCAGAAAUCCGCGGGGAAAAGCACACUCUUCUUCCUUCUGUGGGUCCACGAUUCCACGACGGAAUCUUUCAUCGAUCGCCGAUUUGGCGGAAAAUCGAUCGAAUUUUUGGAGUUGGGAUAG